AUGGAUAAUUCUGGUUUAGACUUCAAUGCUUUUCCUACCCAUCCAGAACAAUCAGUCGAUCUGAACUAUCGUGGGAUACGAAUAAAAGUGUAUAAGAACGGUGAUCAAUAUGACGACGGAACAACAGUGGUCAUUUGUCGGAAAAGAUUUAAACAUUGGCUUACUUUUCUUGACUUUCUUACUAAAAAAUUAAAUUUAAUGGCUCCUGUUCACGAGUUCUAUCGAACGGAUGGUCUUCGAAUAAGACAUUUCGAAGAAAUUGAAAACGGAGGAUCAUAUGUAGCCGUAGCUCAAGGACCAUUUCUCCACAAACCAUACGGAUUGCUACCUGAAGACCGUGAAAAGUGGAACAUCAAUCCAAAAUUUGAAUUUCUAGAGCAGAGCACUCUUGAUUCUGCUGAGUCCGUCGAUAUUUAUCUGAAACAACGUGGUUACAUUUCUCGAACCGGUCUUCCAUUCCCAUUUGAUGGUGGUGUGUGCGUUAAUCACUCUUUAAUGGACCUUAGACAUAAUCGUGAUCCUUCAUCUAAUCUAUCUACUCAUAAACACCUUAAUGGGCAGAAACUAGAAGAAAAUAAUUCGAAAAAUGGUGAAUUAUUGGCGAGAAACGAUAUAAAGCCGGAUAUUCCGAGAGAAGAACUGAAAACACAGUUAGAACCUCAUCCAACUUCAAGUCCUACGGCCUGUAGUGUGGAAUCCCCGAGAUGUAAUCUUAAAGUUGAAACCAAAACACCUUUGCAAGAAACUAGAAUAACAAAUGGCCAGAAUGCUGAGCAAAAUGAUAACAUUUCGUGCUCCUCAACAGUUCAACCAACCAAUGCAGUCGUAAACAAAGUUGGGAAAAAUGUUUUGUACAAUGAAAUUGGAACUCAAAGUGACCAUAAUCCUAUUGUGAAAGAAUACGACGAGUGUGUACCAGCACCUGUCGUUCAAAUUCCAGAUAGUUGUCGAGAGUUCCUGGUUACACAGGAAGCUAAAAAUAUGCAAACAUUAGGAACAAAACAAGCAAUGGGUAUAUCGCAAACGAGAAAUCAUGAAACUGUUAUCACUAUAGUAAAUGAUGAUGCAUUGGUAAGUUCAAAUAAUAGUUCAGUUAUUAUUGUUAAUAUUUCUACAGGAAAGAAGAAAGGUGAUGACGUGAACAAUGACAACAAGAAUGCUGAUGACAAAGAGAUCAAUCUACCACCGGUAAAUAAGGUCACAGGCACUGAAGUGUCAUCAGAGAGUUCAGCAGUGGAAAUGCUAUUACUUCCGGACGGCACUAGAGCCGUAGAUCAAAUGCAGGAUAAUACUGAAAAAAAAACGCCGAUGGCUAUAGUCACUGAUAACGUUCCGUUAGAAGUAAUAGCUGAUAGAUUAUCAUCAUCUGUCAAUAUCGAGAAUCAGAGACCAGGAACAGAAUCUUCGAAGAAGGAUAGAAAUGACGUAAACUAUGAUAAAAACUCGAAAAUAAAUUCAAAGAGAUGUUCUGAAAAUGUCGUAAUGGGAGGAAACUCUAAUGAACAAGAGAAUAAUUUAGUGAACAAAUUUGAGAAGUCUCAGAAAGUAAUUUUGGAACAAAAUUCAGCUUCAAAAUUAAGGGAAAGUCCAAGGCAAAAGACAAAUUUAGAAGCGAAUGAAAAUGGCAAGGAGUUUCGAGAUAUUUCUAAAACUAAUAUCAAAUUAAAUGAAGUAUGCAAGAAUUUAAAAGAAUCAACAUCAUUAUCCAUGCAACAAAAUGAAUAUGAGGAGCGCAUUUCUGAUAAUUUUGAAUAUGAUAAAGAAAAUGAUAGUGCUAAGAAAAGUCAAUCAAACCAUAUAAGCGUUGCUUCUGGACAUAAAUACCGAGGUAAAGUCACAAGACAGAGAAGUCGUACAGCACCAAAUUUCGACAAAAUUCAAGAAUCUUCAACAACCGACAAGAAUUCACACAAUAAAAAACGUGUUACUUUAGUAACACCUUCUGCUGUUGGCAUGGAUUUGAAAAUGGAGUCAGGAAAAACAGAGAUUUUUUCGGAUUCAGAACAACAAAUAAGAUCCUUUCCAAAUCAAAUGACGACAACCACAACAUCUGUUAUUACUACUGAUGUUAUCACUAACACUACUACUAGUAAUAGUAUGACUGCUAUUACUAAUCACAGUACAGUUGCUUUUGGAGAUGUAAUUACGCAUCCUACAGUGGGAGAAAACAAAGUUCCCAAUUUGCAACAGAAAUAUCAGUUAGAAGACGAGACGAGCUUUGAAGCGGACUUUACACCGAGAGAAGAUUGUGUACGAAGAAAUUUGUCGUCUACGAAAGGCUUUCCAAAAAUUAAAAUUGAUUUGGAUUUGAAUGUAGAUAUUUGCGGGUUACCAACGUUUCGCAAUUAUGAUCCUGACUUUAAAGACUAUGAUUUCAUGCAAUAG